CAGAGUUGUAAACAGAUCAGGUGAAUCCAGGAGCAGACUAGUGCACCAUAUUCUACUCGUUUCUAUCAGACAGAAAACCCCAGCUGAUCAACAAAACCAUGUCUCUGGCCAAAGAUUUGAUGCACCCUAGUCUUUUAGAGGAGAGGAGGAAACACAAGAAGAAGAGGCUGGUGCAGAGGCCUGACUCAUACUUCAUGGAUGUCAAAUGCCUUGGCUGCUACAGGAUCUCCACAAUCUUCAGCCAUGCCCAAACAGUGGUGACCUGCCCAGGCUGCUCGGUUAUCCUCUGCAUGCCACGAGGGGGGAAAUGCAGACUGACAGCAGGCUGUGCCUUCAGGAAGAAAAGUCCCUGAGCUGUGAUUUGCCAUGAUAUCCACUAGGAGGCAGCAAAAUGGACCAUAAAAUGACUGGAUCUUAGCCACACUCCCAAUGUGGCUUGGAGGUGUCAUGCCUGAACUAUCUGCAUCUUGAAUUUGGGGAUGUUUUUAAUCCUACUGUGGGUUUUAAUGAAAACACAAAUGGAGGAACAUGCUUGUACGCUAAAUUCAAAGUAAAAUGUAAGAGGAUAAUUGUCUAUCCCCAGAAUAGAAUACCUCAAAAUGCAGGAGUCGAAUGAAUCCGAAAUUCUGUAAAACAUUUUAUUUUGAAGGUUGAACAUGGAGGGGGUGGUAAAUGAAAUUAAAAGAAAAGUAAAAUGACCUCGAUCAUAAAUUUUACCCCACCCCCCCCUCCAAGGCCUUAACAUGAGCCGAGACCGUCA